AUGGAGAUGAGGCUUGUCGCCUGCGAGCGUAUGUCGGGGACACAAUGCUUGAAAGAGUCUCCAUUGAGUUUGUGCUUCGAGGAGCAGCUUGUCUACAAUGGAGAUGAGGCUUGUCGCCUGCGAGCCUUGUCUGCAAUGGAGAUGAGGCUUGUCUCCUGCGAGCGUAUGUCAGGGACACAAUGCUCGAAAAAGACUCCAUUGAGUUUGUGCUUUGUGGAGCAGCUUGUCUGCAAUGGAGAUGAGGCUUGUCGCAUGCGAGCGUAUGUUAGGGACACAAUGCUCGAGAAAGACUCCAUUGAGUUCGUGCUCGUGGAGGAGCUUGUCUACAAUGAAGAUGAAAGAGGCCCGUCGCCUACUUGGAGUCGAGCUGGUAAGCUGCUGCUCAAACAAUGGUUUUCUUGCUGUGGUAAGACGUGA